CUCUGGACGAGAAGAUUGAGCGUGUAUCCGAUAGAUUUAUUUUUUCCAAGAAACUUAUUUACCUGUACGUGCAAUUUUGAAUUUUCAGAAGACAAGAUGUACCUGGUUUCGUUUUUCUGCGCUAUCCUCCUGAUCGGGAUCUGUGUCCCGAAAUGGUCCUCCGAGACGGAGUCGAAAUACAGCGGGGACCGCGACAUUCGCUUAUCAAAUGCAAAAAUGUCUGGGUCUGGAAGAAUGCAACUUGUAAUGCGUAUUUCAGAACACGGAAAAGUCUGUCAUGCAUACGUAGCAGAAGCUCCCACUUUUUGUCGGCAAAAUAGGGGACUUGUCAUGCGGAUUCGGCAUUGCAGAAGGUUCUCGAAACCUGUGCUGCUAGAGCUUCCAUGCCAGACCUUCUGUGUCAUGCAAAAACAGCAUGACUCUUCCAGACCCAGACAUUUUUACAUUUGAUAUCGCUACAUGAUCUGUCAUUCGACCUGCCUUUUUGCCGGCGAGGUGUUCGAGAAGGAAGCGAUGCGAAACCAGACCGCCAGCACGUUGCAACGAAACCACCACUUUCGGGAGCUUUUCAGCACCGUGCGCAGUUACGCGUUGGCCCCGCCGUUGAAGAAGAAACAGAACUACUCGGUUUCCACCCACCCGCCGCAAGCGCCGACCUUCGUGCGGUCCCAAGUGGAACACGCGCGGCACCGGGGAACCCACGAUUUGCGGGGCACGGCGGCGCGGUUCGGCAACCAAUUAUACUUCCAGCUGCGGGAAAAUUGGAACACGAAAAGCACGGAGAACGCUGUUACAAUCGACGCCGAACGGCUGAAAACGGGGCAACUGCGGGAUAACAAGGCGGAGAUGCUGAUGGUAACGGGGAUGCGGGCGGCGGCGGAUUUCGUGCAGAAAAAUACUUUGGACGAAAUUCGGAAGAGCAGCUUAUUCAUGUUCGAAGCUCUGGGGAUCAGCAAAAGCACGUGGAAGGAUUAUAACGAAGACGCUGGUCCCUGGUCCGUUCGGCGGGAACUAGGGAAGAAACUUUUGUAUCUUUUCGAUUUCUUCCUCAACUUGUUUGGCGACUUCGAGCAUUUGCUACCCUUCACGCUGCAGGAGGAGUGCGCGUACCGGUGCAGCCAGGACAAUGUGGACACGCGGAAAAAGGGGAAUGAGGUUCUGGUCCAGUACUACGGCAAGUGGGGCUUCAAGCGUCUGUACGGGGCGCAGGAAUUUUUUGCGGCAUUGUUCUCGUUGUUGAACUUUUUCCUUCACCCGGUGUAUUUCUGGUCGAGUUUACGGAAGAUAAAGGAAAUCAUACGGGUUACAAGCAGGAUAAACAGUGGAGAUAGCGAAACUAUUAACACUUUUGCACACAACAAGAACACCUCUCGCGCUUUCCAAAAGGCGAGAACUUCCCUGCUUGGCCACCACACACUCGUCGCGGGCUUCGGGUUCUUUAGCUCGCUUUCCUGGGCCGCGAGCUGUUUAUUUCACGCACGGGAUCGGGAUUUCACGAUGAUGCUGGACUACGUGUUUGUGCAGUGGAUGGGCGGGUGGGCGCUGCUAUCCGGUUUAAUGUACCGAAGCGUGGACGAGCAAUGGGGUUUGACGUUCAAAGCCUUCCUGAAAACGACCACGUUCUACUUUUGUCUCAUCUUCGCAGGCAUCCUCGCCCACCAGACGCAGGUAAUCUUCCAGUCGAGCAGACCCGAUACCGGAAAGCACAUGGUGUUUUGCGUGGGGUUGGCGUCGUCGGGGACCUUAGCGUACUUGAGCGCUUUACUGCGGAAAAACUGUCGGAGCGCGGUGUCGAAAGUCGUGCAGGGUGACUUGAUGACCUGUUGUCGAGGACGUCGCGGGAAUAACGAGGAGGAGAACUACAGCGUUGAAGCGGAAUCUUCUUUGUCGGGGAGGGAUGAAAGAAAGUCAGCUCCGGGUGGCGAGGAGCCUAGUCCGAAAAAAGAAGACAAGAUUGUCACCUCCUCGACACCAGCUCCAGCGUCGACCUCAGAGGGCAAGAAACUGCAAGAGUCGACGGCAAGCACGGCGACAACGCCCUCCCUUCUCGCCCAGCUCCAGGCCUAUUGGGUUUCCUCUCCGGAAUUCUUUCUCGCGAUUGCGGGGGCGUACCCGCUGUUCCUCUGUUUGGAGCUUGCCGACUUCCCGCCGUACGAAGAUUUACUGGACGCGCACGCGCUGUGGCACUUGGGCAGUGUACCCAUUCAAUUUGGCUGGUACAAAUGGUUUUCGAAAGCGGAAGAACUGGUGUUCCUGCCGGAAUUUCUGAAGCAAAGCGGUGCUGCUCAGCAAGCAAAACUGCGAAAAGACUGCCCAGAAGAUAAUGGAGUAGACCGUGCGAAGCAGGAGUAGUUGCACUCAAAAUCAUGAUGUCACGACAUGGAGUAUGUAGUGGCACGCUUGCGGAAAUGAAAUCUGUGAC